AUGUCACACGAUACUGCUAGUAAUCCUCAAUCUCGAAUCCCCGAUGUCCCACUCAUUCAUCUCGAUCCUUCCAGCGAUGGCCCCUCUAACGCCAGCUCCACAAGGGAAAAACCGGGCCUGCGGGCUCAUAUCGCUCCUUCCACUCCGGUCACCAAUGGUUCAAACGGUCAUGGACCUUCCUUGAAUACCAAUGGCAUUGCGAAUCCUGAACAGUCGGCCUUCGUGAAGCGUGAUCCUCCUGUCCCAAGCCCAGGAUUCGCAACUGAAGUUGACAUUAUAGGCGUGCCAGCUAUUUACGGAGAUCCAGAAAAGACAUGGACACCAAAAUCCAAAUAUUCUCAAGACGAUCUCGGCACCAAUGGCACACCUAGUCAGAUCCAUAUUGAGCUCAUGCGAAUGACGCCUCUGAAUCCAGUUUACUCUUCUCGACCUAAAAGGACGUCUACGUCUCGAUUAGGGAGAGACCGAAAAGAGCCAGCUUGGAUCACACGCGGCAUUCGUACUCAAAAGCCGCUGCAGAAAGCCCGUGUUUUGCUCUAUGAUCACGGCGUGCCGGAUGAGAAUCAUACAUUGAAGCUGCUGGCGAAGAGACUACUUCAAGCCAUCGAAGACUUGCGUCAAAAAGAGGGGGAGCAACGACCAAUAUUUUUUGUCUGCCAUAGUACUGGGGGACUUGUUGUCAAGUUGGCCCUCACAGAGGCCCUCAGCCGCAGAAGCUCCGUCCUAGGUGACUGCUAUGGCGUGACAUUCUUCGGUAGGCCAGAUAUACAAUUACGGGGUUUCAGUACUGAGUUGAAAACUAUAGCAACCCCACAUCGAGGCUCGAGCUAUCUAUCGAUGUCAAACUUUUCGGGGAAAAUUCAAGAAAUCCUGAGUCUGAAGGGACCAAUCCCGCGAACAAUAGCGAAGCAGCUACAACUGGACAAUGGUCUGCUGCAUGAAAUCGACUCAAAGUUCAAAGCCCUGGCUACAGACCUCCACAUCUGGUCAUUCUUCGAGACUAUAGAUUCGGAUCUGACCAACACAAAUCUCAUUGAAUCCGACCGGUUUCCUUUCCACGCUCCAAUUACGUCAAUCAAAUCUGCAUUACUGAACCUCCGCCAUGAAAUAGUAUAUCCCCUUCUCAGUGAUCACGCAAGCUGUGCAUCAUUUGACAGCAAUAAUGCACUAACAAAAUCGUCUUACCUCGGCGAAUUGGCGCAUGCUGUAGAGAAAGCAUGCGCGCUGAGAAAAAUGAAACACACAGAUAUGAAGCUAGAAGAUAAAGUCCAGGUUGAAAUCAACGGAUUCUAUGAGGGCACGGUGCUAGUAGAUGACGGUAAACAACCUCCUAUCAGAGUAUGGUCUACCAACAAAUCUCUACGUGAUGUCAAGAAACUGGGUCCAGCGAGAUUGCUAGAGGAUAGAUUGGCAGAAGUAAGUGUUGCACCUCGAGAAACGCAGCAUUUAAGCCACAAUACUCGCGCAGCCUCGUUGUCAGGUAGACUAGAAGAUCCUCGAACAGUUCCACACGAUCCUGCUUCUAAUGAUGCCUCUAGUUCGACAAGACAAGGCAAAAGAUCGCUCAAGAGUAAAAGCAAAGAAAGAGCUACAGUUUCUUCUAUCCAUCGGAACGCGCCCUCCGCAAGUCCUGACGCCAUUGGGAUAACGACUUCAGGCUCACUACCUCAUCCAGUUGUGUUGGAACCUGCCAAAGAUACAGGCCAAUCCAUUGAUGAAAUGAAACAGCUACGAAGACAUAGCGAAGUACAAAUUCAACCAUCCUUGCUACGGCCAGAUGUAUACAAAAUCAGUUCAUCAAGAGGGCGCAGAGGGAGCGAAAGCGCUAUCAGCCCCUCGAGUCAGGUCACAUUCUCCAAACCAGACGUCUCAAAUCAAAAACUAGUGUGGGUGCAUGUCCCGUUCAAUAAUCCUAGUUGGGUAAAGGAUAUUCUGGAGGCAAUAUCAGUUGAGAAGGGGCCGAAUCAUUAUAACAAGCUACUCAGUAUUGAAAACUGGGAAUCUAGGCAUGUUCGUGGAAGACAUGCAGAACACCAUGCAUGUUACGUCAAGCCUGGGUGCCCGCUUAUGGAAUCAGAAAUAAGAUCCCCAUCGGCGUCACCCAGGGGCUCGCCACGGGGUGAACCCAUUCAAAUGUGUCUCUAUCUUCCCUUUCUCCACUUCGACACCUACAAAGCCCUCGUCAAGAGGAGAACACUCAUAAAAAAACGCAUCAAGCAAGGUCGCUCACGUCCAGUACCCCAAUCUGUAUCCAAAUUGAAGUCGUUGGAACUUAAAGUGCUCUGGCAAUUCCUUGGUCACGAUCCUCCAAUCAACUGCCGGCGGACUCUUGACCAGUUCGGGUAUCCUGGACUUCUUGAUACAAGAGCGAGAGAUGAUGAUCAGAUGUUAUACAAGAUGACUAAACAGCGAUCCCAGCUGUCAAAGAAGGAUAGUUAUAAUGAUAAUAUGAAAGACAGCAGCGGAGAAACUCAAGGUGAUGGUGAAGAGUACCAGGAGGUUGAUGAUGAGAAUGAGGAUUGUGAUGAGAAUGAGAGUGGGAGCGAGGAAGAUUCCGAUGAAGAUCUUUUGGAUGGAAAUGUCCUGAUGGUCGAUCAAGUUUGGCUGUGGAUAGUUGAUAAAGUGUUCAUUUCAAGUUUGGAGGUAUCCUUGAUACGAAUUUCUACUCACUCAGCAAUACAGAGAGAAACUUUAAUUACCGACGGAAGACUAUAUCAACAAGCAGAUCUUCGCAACAGUAUUUUCAACGAAGUAAAUGCAGACUUGACUUCGAGAUGCGAGAACUCUUUCGACUUGGCAGCAUUAGUUGCACUUCAUGCCGUAACAGUACUUUUUGAGCGCUCUUCUCAUCCAGAUCUUGAAAUCUUCCGUAUAUUUGAGGAGGCUAUUAGUAUUCUAACCGAGAAAAUGACGACGUCCUUCAAGCGAUUCCGGGCACGAGGAUUCCGGGACAAGGCAACUGACUAUGACUCUACAGUUCGAACCACAAAUAUCAGAGCAAAACACAAACGCGAAGGAGCAUUGGCCGAAAAGCAGAAUCGAGAAAAUACAUCCGCCUUGCUAGAGCUACGUGACAUAGAAGACGAGCUCAAGACUCUAGAAACUCUCUUCGAAACCCAGCAAGAUGCUAUCAACGACAUGAUGAACCGCUACACAAGUGAUGAGAUUUGUGGAAUCACGGGCAACGCUUUAGGAUUCCUACACCAAGCCAUGGCGAAACUCAAGGAGUAUCUACACAACACCAGCAAGAUGAUCAAAAGCGUGCAAAGUACUCGCGACGAUUUCGACAAACUCCUCCAAAUGGUCCAACGCCAAGCACAAGUCGACGAAGUGCGCCUCGCGCGCCUACAAGCCGAUCUCGCGAGCGCCCAGUCCCGUUCCGUCAUGAUCUUCACAGUCUUCACGGUGAUUUUCCUCCCCUUGACCUUCUUCACCGGCCUCUUCGGCAUGAACACGCGCGAGUGGGGCGGGGGUUCAUUCCUACCUCUCCGUACAAUCGGUCUAGUCGCCAUCCCAUCCUCCUUUGUCAUAAUCACCCUCGCUCUAAUCGUCGCGUGGAGCACACGCAUGCGGCGCAUGCUCAACUUCGUCGCUCGGCCUAUGAUCCGUGGAUGGUCUUUCCAAUGGCUGAGGAAUUGGGGCGUGCAGGUAGAGGCAUUGCAUUGGCAGUGGAUCCCUGCGAGAACGAAGACGGGUAAGAUGUCGGAGCGCAAGAAGAGGAGGAAACGCGCGGAGAAGGCGGGUAGUUGGCUGGAUGGGGAUUUUUGGGAAGAACAUGUUAU